AUGACGCAAUUGAAUGAACCUCGAAUCAGAGGUUUGGGAACCCUUCAUGUUAUUCCGGAUGAUAUAUUUUCAGAACAUGUUUUGACCAAAUUAUCCGAUCAGGAUUUAGCUCAUUGUGCUCGAGUAUCCCGUUUUUUUUACGUAUUUUCGCGCGAUGAUCAGCUCUGGAAAAAGCAUUGCUUGGAUAAAUGGGGUAGCGAUCAUGGAGUCAUGCAAAAUUUUAUGUAUCGUGGAACUUGGUUGCUUACUUAUUUAUUCCCAACCAUGUUGAACGAAAUUGACGAGGCAAAGGUUUGGGCACAUCCAUUAUGUCGACUUUUACAAUUUCCUGAAAUUACGAGUCAUUAUCUAUAUGCAAAAUGGUGUCGUUGUAAUAUGUUUCUUGGCAAUUUUGUACCGACACAAAAUUCUUCAUCAGACUCGAAAAUUUCUAUAGAAAAUGGAAUGGAAUUGACAAAAGAAAAGUUUGAGAAUUUAUAUGAUGCACAGUCAGUUCCAGCUUUGAUAAGAAAUGAUGGUGUUGAAAAGUGGAAAGCUUGGACUGAUUGGAAAUGGGAACCCCUAUUAAACAAGUAUGGUAAGACCAUAUUCCGAGUAGCUAAUGAAAGAGGAGGAAGACAUCGAUAUCUACCGAUGUCCUUAGAAUCAUAUGUACGCUAUAUACGUUUACAACAUGACGAAACACCUUUAUAUAUUUUUGAUGCUAGCUUCGCUGAUAAAGAGCCGGAAAUGGCUGAUGCAUACGAAGUGCCAAAGUAUUUCAAAGAUGAUUUUUUUUCUGUUUUAUCGGAUAAAAGACCACCAUAUCGAUGGGUUAUAAUCGGUCCUGCAAGGUCAGGUGCGUCUUGGCAUGUUGAUCCCGCUGGAACAUCAGCUUGGAAUAUAACCAUCGAAGGAAGGAAACGUUGGGCAUUGUAUCCACCACACAUUUUUCCUCCAGGGUUAAGCGUAUCUCGAACUGGUAAUAACGGUCAUCAGUCACUAUAUAAUACUGAUAUACUUGAUAAUGCAAAGGAUUCAGCAACUUCUUUAUUUUGGUUCCUUGAAGUUUAUCCUCAAUUACCACCGGAAAUGCGACCACUCGAGAUUAUACAAGAACCCGGGCAAACUAUUUUCAUUCCAAGGCCUUUCUUUAUAUUAACAGUCUUCUUUUCUUGGUUGACGAUUUAUAGUGGUUGGUGGCAUAUGGUCAUUAAUAUUGACGAUACCGUUGCAGUUACUCAAAACUUUGUCAAUAUUCAUAACCUUGAACAUAUGUGGGAAACUUUUCAUGAAAAAAUGCUAAAAACUUACCCUUAUCUUGAACCAUUUAUUGCGCGUAAAGUCUCUAUAUUUUCAGAUACAACUGAUGAUCCGGUUAUAAAAGAGGAAGGAUUUACUUCCAGAAUGGAUUUUCUUGAGGGAUUCCGAGAUAUAAAUUAUUGGCAUCCUAGAGUAAUUGAUAUAUUGGAAAGAUGUUCGUUAGAUAAAAAUGUUCCGAUAGAAGUUAUUUCACACGGACAGAAUCCAGUUUUCCGAAGUCCUACAGCAAUAAUAAAAUUUUAUUCUCAUAUAUUUAAUGGAGUCAAAACUUUUAACGCCGAAAUUCAGACUUAUUCUAUAAUUACUGAUCAUAUUCCCGAGAGAUAUAAAGGAUAUUUCUCGAAAAUUUUAGGGUCAGGUUAUUUAUUUAAUGAAAGCAUCGAAAGAAAUUAUAGAUGGCCUUACAUUGUAUUUGAAUCCGCCACUGAUGGUGGAAUAAGUCUCGCUGAAGUUAUUGCUGGAGGUGGUUCGAGUCCGAGUAAUGAAGUGAUCGACUUUUCUGUUGAAAUACUUCAUGCUUUACAUAGUUUACCAUCCGCUUGUAUUCCGGAAAAUACGAAGGGAACAACGCCUGAACAUCCAUUUCAUCAAUUUAUUCAACUUCAAAUAUCACGGGCAUCGAAAGUUCAUUCUGGAUGGUUGAUAUUUCCACUUCAUUUAAUUUCACAAAUUUCCUCAUAUUUACCAUCUUCAUCGUAUGAAUUGCAUAAUUCGGAACUUGAUGGACCACUAGCAGGUAUCUUACAUGGUGAUUUGAAUGCCGAAAAUAUAUUAGGUGUCGUUUUACCCUCCGCGGAUUCUUCAAACAACCUUGACCAUAAUCAUCAAGAGCAUCGUAAUAAUUGUUCAGAAGAUGAUGAUGACGAUGAGCUAUUGGGUUAUUGGACACCUACGACGAUCAUCGAUUUUGGUGAUUCGCAAGUAUAUGGAGGUGAUCCAUUGUUCGAUUUGAUACCAAUUUAUAUUUCAGUAUUAAGAUGUUCAAAAUUAUUGUUGAAGGGAUUCAUAGAAAAAUAUAAUAAUGAAAUCGGAGGUAAACAAAAAAUAUCGUUAAGAAUGUUUAAAAGAAGAGCAAUGUGGUACACUUUAUUAUGGGAAUUUGAAGGAGCUGUGAGGUAUUUAAUUGGUCAUUUUCCUAAUGUUAGAGAAUGUAAAAAUUGGGAAGAAGUUGAAGAUUUGGUGUGGGGAAUUGAAUAA